UAGAUCUAUAUAUUAUAUAUAUAUAUUAUAUUGAUGCAUGUGUCAAUAUUUAGGCCAGUGAUGCCAAUCUAAUGUUUCUAAGGACAACUAAGAUGGCUGACAAUGAGGAUUCUAUUGCCGAAUCGGAGAUCGUUGUUGGGGAUGAGAGCUUGGUGGAUAUAGCGAAAGAUGAUGAAGAAGAAGAAACUGAAGCACAACAAGCAUCAGAAGUUGAAGGUCAAGUAGGGGAAACAACUGCAGAGGGGGCAGAUGAAGCCCAAGAACAAUUAACUGAACCUUCUAAGGAUGGAGAAGGAGGGGAAGAGAUGGAGGAAGCUGCUGCAGAGGAAGAAAAAAAAGAGGAAGAGGAAGGUGUGCGAACGCCAACACCAGGUCAGGAAAAUGUUGAAACUAUUGAUCAUGUUGAGGAUGUUCCACCUGUUAAUGAUGUUCAACCUGUUGAUGAUGUUAUUAAGAGUGAUGAAACUACUGAUGAAACUAUUGACACUGACAACACGGCUGCUGGCGAUGUGACAGAGUCUGUUGGGGCAGUUGAAGAAGGCCAGCAGGAUGUAGAUGGUCAACCUCCACAGGAAGGAGAUGAACAAAAGGCUGAAGAGGAGGACGCUACAACAGUGUAUGGCGACGAAGCUCAACCUCAGGAGGAACAAGCGGAAGAAGAAAAGGAGGAAGAGCAAGUACCAGAAGAUAGAGAAGAAAGAACAGACAGCCCUCUGAUACCUGUCGAGCCAUCUUUAUCCAGACAGAUGUCGCCAGUUGGACCUGAGCAGCUGGUUGUAGAAAGGGUUGAGCCCACAUCACCACUUCAGUCAGUUAGGAUGGAUAGCGCCGUAUCCGAUGAACAUAUAAUGGAAACCGUGGAGGAAGUGGCUGAACCAGCAGAUUCAGAACUGGCUGAGGAAUCAGGACUUAAGCGGGAGGAGAUCAUUGAAAAGUAUUAUGAGGCAUUGGCAGAAAAAGAUAUUUUACAGCAAAACAAUCUGCAUCUCCAGCACAAACUGGCGGAGUAUUUUAAGAAGAAAAAAGCAGACGAGAAGCCAGAAUAUGAGAAAAACAUGGCAGACCAGGACCAACGCUACCUCAAAUACAUGGCCCAACUGGAAGACCUUCGCCGCCAGUACCAACAAGAGAAAGUGAACUACAACCAACAGAUUGAAGACCUGAAAGAAAAGUGCCAGGAGAGGAAGGAGAAAGUGGAUAUGGAGAGAAGAAAGUUUAUUGAGUACAAACAAGAUGUCGCCAUGCAUGCAAUAUUUGGACGCAGUGGGAAACCAAUACCACCUAAAGACAUUGAACAGUACAUUGCUAGUGAAGCAAAGAAAGAACAGGAAGUGGUCAAUGUUCGACUGGAAAACAUAAAGCUCAAGAAUAAACUCAAGAAAAAAGAGCAACAGUUAAAAUCAAAGGAAGAGUUGGCAGAUGGUCUCCACUUAAUUGAUUUUGAACAACUUAAAAUUGAGAACCAAACAUACAAUGAAAAAAUUGAGGAGCGAAAUGAGGAGCUACUGAAACUUCGGAAGAAAAUCACCAGCACUGUCCAGGUUUUGACCCAUCUGAAGGAGAAACUUCAAUUUGUGCAAGGAGCCAAUACUGAACAGAAAAGCGAGCUACAGGAAGUGGAGGCCAGUUUGGCUCAGAGUCGAGACGUUCUCUCCAGAACCAAACAAGCAAGGGACGCCUUGAGGAUCGACAAUCAGAAGCUUCGCCAAAACAGUGGCCUCCUAGGCAACGAGCCUUUGCUUCGCGACUUCGAGUCCCAGAAAGACGAGGCUUCCCUCCUCGUCAGCCAGAUAGAGAAGCUUCAGAUGAAGCACGCGGAGAUGACUCUGAGCUGCAAUCACGUCAGGCAGAAGAUUGACCAGGCCAAAACAACAAUGGAAUAGAUGACACAUUUGGGCUCAAUAUUUCCCUGUUUUGUCCACCAUCCUUUCGAACUUUAUUUUUUGACAAGAAUAAAAAAAAAAGGUCGACCUUUGACUUGUACAUAUAUCUCGAGCAAUAGCAAUGUACAGGAGUAUUAAGAAUAUUUUACAUAAAAAUAAAAAUAUUGAAUUUGUACAAA